UCAAAGAUGGCUCCUCGCGACGAGGUUGCCAGUGCUCGCGCUGCGUUUGACGUAAAAACUGCGACGUGAGCGCUGAGGGCGCGAGACCUGAAGAAAAGGACGGAUGGUCAGAUCAGCACUGUAAGCUUGGCUAACUCAACGACUCAGCCUAGCUGUAAGCAGCUGGUUAGCGGACAGGCUUCCUUCUAUCGCGAACAACUCGGACGACGCGCACUGCCUAUCUCGCUUCUGAUACAUAGUUACAAGUUACGACGGCCCUGCAAUAGCCGGCUUGACGCUGUGGCCCUGUCAUUUCGUGGACACGACUCCUAUACACUGCCAAAUCACUCAUCACCGCGAGGGGCCAACGCCGCCCUUGUAAAGUGAGCUGCAGACCCUGGCAGCACACACACAGGCGUACACGCCAAUAUAGAUACAUACAUGCAGUACUAGUAUGCAGAUAGAGUCAAUGGAAUGAAGUAUUCACAGUGAUAAACUUCAUUAAAUUUGAGCAAUACAAUAUCUUAGAGAGCUACUGCCAUAUAGGUUAAAAAUAUAUCAAUUCACUGGAUUGUGAUGUCGUUGGUGGAUAACAUAAAUAAUCUGUAUUACUGAGUUGAGUUCAAUCGUUUAGGCAAGUAUGUUGCCAAGAGAGAGAAGGGACCAUCUUCAAGUUGUCAUGCAGCUCGAUAGCCAGAAUCUGAAUCUGCCGGCUAACUGCUUAGUUGAGAAGCAAAGAGGAAGUAGUUAGAUAUAUGUUUGGUACAUCUCUGUGAAGCAUACUUCAUCUUACGUUUAUAAAGAUUUAUCAAAGGAAAACUGCUGCAGACAAGACGAGAUGGCACGUAAAAACGACAACGUCAAGUACAUUAACGUAGCAGUAGUUGGGUUGUCGGGCACGGAGAAAGAUAAAGGCAGCGUCGGAGUCGGCAAAUCGUGUUUAUGUAAUCGCUUUAUGCGCUCACUCAGCGACGACUACAGUGUCGAUCACAUCUCUGUGUUAUCGCAGUCGGACUUUAGUGGGCGCGUAGUGAACAACGACCACUUCCUGUACUGGGGUGAGGUGAUUAAACCGACGGAGGACGGCUCAGCUGACUACCAGUUUCAAGUGAUCGAGCACACGGAGUUCAUCGAUGACUCGUCAUUCCAGCCUUUCAAGGGUGGUAAGAUGGAGCCUUACGCCAAAAGGUGCGCUGCCACAAAAAUCGCCAGCGCCGAGAAGCUCAUGUACAUUUGUAAAAAUCAGUUGGGUAUCGAAAAGGAGUACGAGCAAAAGGUUUUACCGGACGGCAAGCUGGCCAUUGACGGCUUUCUGUGUGUAUUCGAUGUAAGCGUCGUGCCGAAUCGUUUGAUCGAGAAACAGGUGGAAAUCGUUGCCAACAUUUUGAACAACCUGAUCAAGACUAAGAAGCCAAUAAUUCUGGUAACGACGAAGAACGAUGACGCGAAUGAGCAAUUCGUGAAGGAGGCGGAGAAGCUACUCAUGCGCAAGGAGUACAAGGGCUCGAUACUGAUGGUCGAGACCUCAGCGCACGAGAAUAUCAACGUGGAUUUGGCUUUCAUGACUAUUGCUCAACUCGUUGACAAGUCAAAGCUGCGCAACAAGGUCGUCGCAUUCGCUGAGGCUGCGCGUCAGCGCAAAGAACUGAUGGAUGCAUCAACCGAGUCGUUGCAAAGGCUCAUACGCAUGCACGUGCAGGACUACCGGGCCACCUGGUCACAGGCUUCGAAGAAGCUCGGCCAGCAUCGAGAGUUCACGACGUUCGUCGAGCUGUUUGGCAUCGACGCGACUCAGCGACUCUUUCGCCGGCAUAUAAAAAAGCUCAAGGAUGAGCAGAUAGCCAAGAAAAUACAAGGUUAUCUCGAUACCUUGCCUGACAUUCUGCACGAAUUGGUUCCCGACAUUGCCAAUUUGAUCAACGAAGAAUGGUCGAAUGUACAGCAGUACAUUAAAGAGCAUCCCGAAUUCGAUCGUUACUUUUACGAGUGCCCUGAAGAUAUACCCUGGAUAGAUUAUGACUUUGGCGAGAAUAAAACGUCGAAAAUACCGUAUGAUGUGCUGGAAACACCAGAGGCCGAAACCGUUUUCAAAAACCACGUAAAUGCCCUACAGCAAGAGCAGCGUCGACUCGAAUGGAAAAAGCAGUUUAAACAACUAUUGGAAGAAACGGGUUACGUUACUCCGGGCAAACAACUGUCGGAAGUGCGAGUGCUGUUUAUGGGUCGCGAGUGCUUCGAGGCACUGUCCCAUCAUGACUGCCAGGAAGUUUACGAUCAACAUCAGAAAGAAAUUAUUGAGAAAGCUAAGCACAACUUCCAAGAGCUACUACUAGAGCACGCAGAUCUGUUUUACCACUACAAGAGUAUCGCUCCGACGGGCACAAUAACACAGGAUGAUAUCAAAGAGAUUACUGACGCUUUAAUCGAUGACUUUCGGUACAAGGCACUGGACAGAUUGGACCAAGAUAGAAAACUAAUGCUGUUCCAACAUCUUGGUUUUGUUCAUUGUCCUAUUCGUGAACAUUGCCCAGCUUUUCCAAAUUGCAUGGAUGCACUAAUCGAGCGAAUACUAGGAACCAAAGCCCACAGGCCAUCGUCUUGGAACCACAGUAACCAGUGGCAACUGAAUUCCGAGAACAAUCAAUUGAAUUUAGUUAUACUUGGAAGCAGCAGCCUGGGUGAGGAAUUCGCUCGCGAAAUACGAUCGCAGACGGAUGAUGACGAGGUCGAGAUCGACUGCCAGCUAUAUACACUCGGCUAUCGCGUGAUCGAUGGAGACGUUGGUCUGCCUCACAACUCUUUCACUACCUCGGAUUUCCUACCUCAUGGCUCUUUCUGCAUUUAUUCUAAUGAGGAGACGUUCGAAUACGUGCGGUCUUCUCUAGAGAAAACGCUUCUCUCAAAUCUGGAGCAAGAAGAUCGGCUACCUUUUCAAGGCCUUCCUAUCGUCAUAUUAUUCGUUCCAGAUGGAAUAAUCGAUGAGCUGGAGGCGAUCCGGUUGCGUGAGGAGGGUCAAAGUCUCGCGGACAGCUUACAGUGUCCUUUCAUCGACGUGGCUAUCGAGGACUUAGAGCAGGACAAGAGAUUUCCAACGUCGCUGGUGAAAGAGGCACUGCAGCAGCUUGUCCAGGCGAUAAAUCAUCGCGCGGGCUUUCUGAAUAUCUACCAGAGCGUAAUCGAGUGCUUAGAACCCGACAUCAGAAUAAUAAUGUGCAUGUUCUGCGGUGACCCUUAUUCAGUGGAAAACGUCCUUGGCCCGCUGCUCAGCCAUCAAUGCUGCUUUCUUAGUAGUGAGCGCUCGAUCGUCCUGGAAACGUUCCUCGGCGAGUCAAAGCGCCGUGUGGAGGUGACCAUUUCCAGCUUUCAUGGAGCAAACGCCUUCAGAGACGAGCUAGUGCAUGGAUUCAUACUGGUCUACUCGACCAAGAGGAAGGCAUCAUUGGCCACUCUUAAACAAAACCUUUUCGGUUUCAGCGCAUUCUCGCACAACAUUCCGAAUUUGCCCAUUCAGAUAAUGGCAGUGACAGACAGCGGCGGUGCCAAUGCAUUUUUCAAUAACGAUUUGAGUCAUCACCUGAUUACCGAGGGAAAUGCCACGGCCGACAAGCUCCAAGCCCACUUUAUGACCUUCUCCUCGUCUUGCCAGCAAAAAACGGCCUUCUACACGCCAUUCUUCAAGGAGGUCUGGGAGAAAAAGCCCGAAAUUGAGCAGGCAUUCAACAUGGAGGAGCCGAGCAAUCUCAAUGACAGUGGUGAGGGCACCUUGGAGUACUCGGCACUACACCCAAUGCCCCCGCCGCGUCAUGAGAGCUACCAUCUGCAGACGCCCGAUGACGGUAUGUCGGUAACUUUCAGAAGCGGCUCCGAGUCGUAUGAGCAACUUACGCCGGACGGCGAGUUAGGCGAUGGUGGCCUUAACGAGCAUUUUGCCGACAGUCGGGCCACACCCAGCGAUGACAGUGAUAUUUACAGUCAGGUCGAUUUCCAGCGUGAGGAGCGAGAUCGAGAGUUUCUAAAGACCAGCGGAGAAUUUGUGACCAAGAUGUCCGCAAUGAUGCACUUUCGCACGAUUUCAGGUUGGGUCAAAGACACCUUUAUGCAGCAACAGCAACAGCAACAGCAGGACGGCGUGACAAAUAGCUACUCGCAGCGAGCCUUCACCACCGGCCGUCGCCAUAUACAGCAAACCAAAUCUAGGCCCAAGGGCAAUAGUCAGACGCUCAAACAGCCCGGCAAAAUCAAUCUCAAGGAUUUCUCUAACGUAACCGACGUCAUAUCACGAAUGGCCAUUGGCGAGAAGGAUGAGCAGCAGCAGCAUCAUGGCAAGAUCGGUAUGGGACACGCCCCCCUCGCUAUCCCCGAAAUGGACCUCGGCAACGAGUACGCACAGGUGAAGGACGUCGUGCCAAAUCUGUACUCGCACUAUGACGGCGAGUAUGUCUACACGCUAGUGCAUGAUUCCCUGGGUAACAACAAGUCAAAGAUGCGUCAUAGGCGAGAAAAGGGCCAGCCCUACUCGCCGUCGGCGGCUUACAGCGACUCGGACUCCGAAUGGAGCUCGUUAGAGCGCCAAAAAGUUGCCGAAGCCUUGGGAAAAGCCAUUAACAACAAGAAGCUCUCGUCCCACAAGCGCACACGCAAGAAGCGCACUGCCAUUCCCGUGGCCACGCCGAAGGUGCCCACGCUCGCGGGCAUCGCCGGUGGAGGUGGAGCCGUCCUGACCGAUGGUAUUGUCGGCCUGAACUACACCGCCGUCAAGGACGAUAAAGGCUGGCGAAUCGAUUCCACGGAAAAAGCAGUUUCAAGCGACUCACCGGACAGCUCGGAUUCGAGCGACCAGGAUAAUCGUUCAAGGUCCCGCAGCAAGCUCUACCCCAAGCAUCCAACUGCAAAUAUAGGGCGCAAAAAAUUCGGCAAUUCCAUUCAACAGCAGCAGCAACUAGUAGCGCAGACUCUACAGCAUCCUUUGAAUCUCAAGCACAUGACGCAAGAGAUGUUCAUGUCUCUGAAACAACGUAACAUCAUCGGCGAUAAUAGUUUCGGUAGUAUAGCUGACGACGAGUCAAGCCUCGACGUAUCCUCGCCUCGAGAGAUUAAUUCACCGAGCUUCAGCUUACUGGCCAAAAAUAAGGAAACACUGGACAAACUCAAUCGUAAGCGAGAGAAGCAAAAAGCAAAAGAAGAUGAAAAAUUGGAAAAACGACGUCUCAAGGAGGAGAAGCUCAAAAGGCACGCGGAAAAAGAACGUGAGCGUGAGAAGAAGAAGCAGGAAAAAACUAAACAAACCAAAAGCAACAUGUCCCUUCAACCGAUGCCGCUCAUUGAAGAUUUUGCACAAAGUGAAACUAAUCCUAUUCCUCUGUUUCUUGAAAAAUGUGUCAGAUUCGUUGAGGAUGAAGGUCUUGAUUCCGAGGGAAUAUAUAGAGUGCCUGGCAACCGCGCUCACGUCGAGUUGCUAUUCCAAAAAUUUGAAGAAGAUGGUAAUUUGGAUAUACGCUCACUCGAUAUCCCCGUGAACGCUGUCGCCACCGCUCUUAAAGACUUUUUCUCGAAGAAAUUGCCACCUCUUAUUGAUAAAGAGAGCAUGAGCCAGUUAGAGGAUAUAUCUGGUGCUCGUGGUAUCAGCAAACCGAUGUCCGCAACAUGCAUGAAUAUGGAAGAUCGGAGCGGUAGGCUACUGGCUUUGAGAAUGAUGCUAAAUAAACUGAAACCUGUCAAUUUUGACGUACUGAAAUAUACAUUCCAACAUUUUGUCAAGGUUGCCGAAAAUUGUAAAUUGAACAAUAUGGAUAGCAAGAAUUUGGCCAUCUGUUGGUGGCCAACACUUCUGCCAAUCGAGUUUAAUGACCUCGGCAGGUUCGAAGCUACGAGGCCAUAUCUCGAAGAUGUUGUUCAAACUAUGAUCGACCAGUAUCCAUUCCUUUUCUGCGGUAAAGAGGCUAUCGUUAUGGUGUGAAUGUAAGACUUGCGAAACACGAAGUCACUUGCGCACAGCACAUCUAGAAACAUCCGAGAAAACUGUUAUCGUAGUCUCAAGUGGAAUGAUGAGAUUAGUUUUUCCAUGCUAAACCCGAGUCUAAUCCUCAUUAUUCUCAAGUAGAACAAACGUUUUUGUUAUUAAACGAAUAAUGAUAAAUUUGACGGACAGAAAGAAUAACUCUGUCGCCAGUUUUAUUAUUGGUGAAGUUAACCAAGCCGCGGUUGUGUACAAGACAUUUUUAGCCAUACUUUGUCUAAUGAAAUAGGUAAGCAGUUUUAUGUAGCUUUUGAAAUUGUUUAUAUAAAUAUUGUACGAACAAGUAUAAAUUCAAAAGGAAACACGAAAUGACAUGUCAUUUCACAAUUUGAAGUUGACAGUACUUUGGAAUCGUAAAACAGAAAAGGCUUUUUUCAGCAAAACUGCCGAGGUUACAGUGAGCAGUAAAAAGAAAAAAGUAAAUAUCUUAUGACAAAAUAAAUUGACGCUUAUAAUGUAAUUUUUAAACAGAAAGAAUUGCGCCAUAAUCAUUCCAUAAAAUGAAACAAGUUAGUUAGUGCCAUGUCAAGUGAACGUGGAGAUGAGAGAGAAAUAUGAUUUAAAGCGAACAUUCCCAUUUUUCUUUUUGAAAAAAAUAAUUGAUGUACUCGCUAGGUAAACCUCAUAUUAUGAGUAUCAAGGCUGCGUUACUGUAAAAUACAACUUGAACGGAUUGACGAUCCAUCGUUGAUCAAUCGCUCACUCAUCUCAACGAAUUUGUCGGACAAUUUUUAUCUCGUCGAUUUUUUAUAUGGCGGGCCAUUGCAAAGUACCGAAUCAUCAAUGUUCAAACAUUUUAUAAUGAAAUAUUAGCGUUUCGUUUUUUUAACUUUUGACUUAUAAUCUGAAGCCAAAAAGAAAAUAGAUAACAAACGGAGGAAAUGCAAUGUUAGUGCCGUUUAAGAAAAAAAUAUAGCGUUUUUCUUGAUAUAUGUGAGAGGUGCAAGUAUCAAGUAUAACUUAACAUUGAAAAUUUUAGAGUGUAUCAACACAACAAUAAUAAAAGAUGGUUAUUUUUUGCUUGACGUUACUCAAUUCGCUUGGUGUAAUGGCUUAUCAAAUAGGCUUGAAAACAUAACAAAUAACGCGGAUAUAAUAUCCUUCGUGAUGCUAGUUCAAGUAAACUCGAAUAAGUAACUAUUUGCUUGCUUUAAAAACGAUCAAAAGUUCAAAUAGUUGAAAAUAAAGCUUGUAGAAAGAUUCAGUGAUUACAGAUUUACUUGCAUACGUGCAGUAAAUUUUGUACAUAUUCUGCUAUAAGCUGUUCAAGCCCAUCUGAUUAGCCGAAAGUUGACACGAACAUCCAGCCGAAAAAAGUCGUUCAUUCGUAUACCUCUAUUGAUCCACUGGGUGACUCUUAAGGAUAAAUUGUACGACUCUAAAAUUUUAUACAUUCAUACUUAACGUUUUACACUUAAGGAUCGAUUAAGUGUAAUGUGCUAAACGAAAGCCUAAGAAAGGAUCAACUCCUAUGCAAAAUAUCGCCAUUCUUUCUUAAGAUUUUUACGAUAUUCGAAGAAGAGAAAAGUGCGAAAGAGUGAGAUUACGAUCCGAUUGUUCUUAUGUAUAGUUUCUAUCUAUUUCAAUUCUUUUUUGCCGAAACUAUGGAUAAAAUAUUUUUGAUACGUUAUUUGACCUUGGCGGCUUUAGUUUGAAGUUUUAGAUCCUUUCUAUACGUAAGAGAUAUUGGACGUCAGAUGAAUCAUAAUUAAAAUCAGCCGUACAGAUGACACCCAUAGGGCAAUCGCUCAAUGAAACAUUCAAUUAUUUCUGUCAAUGUUUCACGUGCAGUAAUUUAACUUUUUCGGUUUUACAGGCUAACGGUAAUCGUUUGAAUAUUCCACCUGUAUGCACUUCCGAAGUCUCACGUCCGAUGAUCUCUUAUAUAAAAAGUGUCUUAGUUAGUAAAGUUUUAAGUGAAUUUGUAUAAAAUAAUUUUGAACAUGAUCAUUGUUUUAUUGUACAUUUUAAUCGUUUUUCGCCAUAAUUUAUUUUAGUUAAUUUUUUCUAUAGACAUGCUAUAAAUAAGAAUUGUACAAAUGACUCUUUACACGAAUAAAAUAACAAGUAGUAGUACUGAUAGGACAACGCCGAUAUUUUCUUUGAGUGCUUGUAAUUUUACAGCAAUGUCAAAUGCUUACUCAUGUGAUAUUUUUUCACGUAUGAUAUUUGCUUUCUUCACGUCAAUAAGGCAUAUGAAAUUCCAUGAUACUCGAAAACAAUUUGGCAUAUUCCUGGUUUCGUCAGAAAACGGCCAAUCAGGCCAAACUACUUCAAACUAUUGAUCUUGAUGUAUCGCACGAGGGCCUAAGUAAAGAAAUCCGUUUAUGCGAGGGCAGCACAAUUGGGCGGGAAAUGCGAGCGCUGUUCGUGACUUGGGCUUGCCUUACGCGGAGAAACAUACAAAAUCUUUAAGCGUUUUUCAGCGACGCAUGCAAACGAGAAUAAAAAAAAUAAAAAGCGACGUUGGUCUCACCGCCAAGCAUCGACUUCACCGUCAUUUUGUACAUGCAAGUCAAACGCACAAAAUAAAUGUAUCUUUUCUUGCAGCAUGCACUAUUAAUAAAACGUUCGUUAGGCUUUAUUCGGUCGAUCGUAGGUGGUCAUAGGUGAAACAAAGAAAUCGCGUCGAAGCAGUAGAAAGUCGGACGUUUUACGGAGUCCAAGAAACGAGAAAAGGCAAUGUUAAUUAGCGAAAGGAUCAAAUAAGAUUGUCAAUAUUGCGCACAAUCAAUUGUUUCUUUGUUCGAGUGAGAAUUGUCAGGUGGCUAAUAAUCGGUGUAUUUGAAGUAAUUGCUGAUGAAAAUGACAAUUGAAAGCACUUUGUUGUUGCGACGCUGAGCUAUAACAGGUCAUUUUGGCGAACAAUAGAGUCAGUAGAAAUGAAUCGAAGCGUGCGAGUAUGAAUGAGACUUGAUGUGUACUUUUAGAUGCGGUUGAAGGCGAGGAGGGAGAGACGUCGAAUUAAAAAGUUGUUAUAAUCUAAUAACGAAUGUCCCGAGUCAUUGUAAAAAUUAUUUUCUCGCGCUCUCCAGGUUAAUUUCAUGAAGAUUGUUUGUACGUAAAAUCGCUUGAUUAAUCCUAUUAAUUAUCAGAAGUAUUUAAUUAUUAUUACGAUUGAUUUGUCCGCGUAACACGUCGCAUAUCCUAGUAUUAAGAAUCGGUCAUACGAUUUUUUGUGCAACCUAAAGUAUAUUUCUAGCUGUAUCGGAAAUUAAAAUAAUCGCCUGAAUGUUGCAAUACUUGAAUGUCAGUGGAAUUUUACUAUUUAGAAUGUAAUAAGUAUUAUGGAAUAUUGAUGAGAAAUCGUUUAUAAAGAUAUUUGUAAGACCGUCGACCUUUUGCAAAAAUAAUUUUUAUGAAAUUCUAGACUAGAGGGAUUUUCAAACUUUUACGUGCAACGAACGAGCGAAUGAGCGAGUGAAAGCUGAUACAACAGGCAUGCAAGAGUUUCAAGACGCCUAAAAGUGUCAAUAUUUAUAGAAGUAAAAAUCGUAAGUCGGACGUUGCAGCGUAGCAAGAUACAGUGGAUGUGUGUAGUUAAGUCAAUUGGUUUACGUCUCUCCCACAGGUCUCGAAGUUGAAUUAAAAAAUGAGGCGAGUAGUGAGAGAGAGGGGGGAGGUGAAUGGCGCUUUUCAUGUGUAUAUAUUGUUGCUUGUGCGUUUUUUGCCACCCUUCGUAAUGAUAUGUUCAUCGCGACUUUUACCAAAGGACUGCGUACAGAUGCGAAACGCUGGAGAUUAAUAAUUCGCUGAACACACUUGAACUCGAUGAGCCGUGAGUUGAUGGGGAGAAAUAAUAAUAAUAAUAUGUGGUAAUGCAAGAUCGAUGUAGCGCAAUAAAAGUAUAACUUAAAACUUGAUCAACGGCUGAAAGGCAACAGUUUUAGUCUCGUUAUUUUCACAGCAAAGUCGGCGUCUGCAAUUAGAUUAACGGGGAAAUCCAUUGAGUCAGAGUAACAGUUGCUCAUUGGAUAAAUCAAAAUAACGGGCCAGACAACAGUGGUUUAUCUGAACAGAGAGGUAAAGGGCGAGAAAGUAAGAUUGCAGGUAGGUGAAAAGUCGCGACCACCGAGCUGCACGGCGAGUAGGAGAGGGCGGGAAGGGCGGAAUAACUGCUACUGUGCUGGAAUACAUUAAGAAUACGAGUGAGUGUCCUUUUGCAAGAUGUGCGUGUUGAAUGAUCGCGAGUGCACGAAGAAAAAGUAUUGAUGU